UCUUCUUCUCCCCGACAGCCCCUCUAGCCACCGACUCAUUUCUUUGACAAAAUUGGUGGCAAAGCUUGAAUUUUCUCCUUCUUUCUUGUUCAAUCACAAGAUUUGGGGCUUAUAAUUCUCUCUCUCAACCCAAAAAUCCCGGAUAUGCUCUGCUCUUCCUCCCCUGUCCGUCGGUUUUAUUGGGUGCGAAUUUCUGGGCUUUUUCGAUAAGCCGCAGCCAUGAACUUCAUCUUUCAGCUUGAUUUAGCUUGGGUUCAUUUUAAAUCUGUUGUUUCUUCAAAUUUUGGUAGCCCCGUGAGCUUCCCCUCCAACUCCCGCCGACUACCAAGCUCGCCAGACCCGGUUUGCUGGCCUGAAAUUCGGGUUUUGAUCGUUCUGUCAUCGUAGCACUUGGGUUAAGCCUUCUGUUUUGUGCGAGUAAGGAAGCAAAGUCAAGGACAGGGAAAAACGAGGGGUGUGACGAGUUAGAAGGCUAGCCAUCUUGUAAAUGGAACAGGGUUUUUAGAUAUAAAUCAUGAUCUUGUAAGCUAGACUUUAUUUGGAGAUUUUAUGAUAUAAAGGCAAAUUUAAAAAUUUGAUCUUUAGAUUUUGUGGUAUUAGAUUGUGGUAUAAUAAGUUCCGAGCCUUGUGCAUUCGUGGGACUCGUUCACGAGUGCACGGCGUCUGCCACGUCCCCGGAUUUGGGUUUUGGGGUGUGACAUUAUAGCUUCAAUACCACCAAUUACGACAAUAACUCUUUCUAUUAUUGUUUUAUAUUGAAUAAUACUUCCAUCUAUGG